UCAGCUGAUUUCGCCUUCCUACAUCGAGAACAGCCAAAUCAAAGGAAUGGAUGUGACCUAGUAUGGAUGGCUCACUUCUGUGAUGAGCCACUCCUCGCCAGACGAGGAUGUGAUUGACGCGAGACGGCUACGGGUGGUGGUGAGGAAGUUGCCAGCGGCCUCCUUCGCGCUCUGUGUGGUCGGCGCAGAAGCUCCCUCUUGUCGCAUGAGGCGACGUCGGUGUGGGCAUGCAAGGUUCAUCUCAGAGGAGAGAUGCACGCCCGCCGUGGUGAGAUUGGACGGAGAGAGACCUGAAUACGCGCAGAAGGGAAGCGAUGCACUGCAUAAGUGAUGUAGGCGAACCACACUCACCAGCUUGUUGGGCGAGUGUCAGUAUGGCGCCCCUGAGCGAAACGACCUCAUCGUAUAGAUCGGGCACGGAGGCAUUGACUUGAGGGGGCACGGGCUCAGAGGCUGACACACACACACACACACACACACGUGUCGCACACAAUGAGUACCACUGUGAGUGUGCGCCAUAUUGCUGUACCGGGAAGAAGGCCAUAGCGCCGCAAAGUGAAGUUGAACCACCCAUCGAAGCCGGGAGUGUCUCCAAGGGAGAAGCCAGAUGGCAGCAAAGUCGUGUCUGGGGAAGGGCGGUCGUCAGUGCGAUGCACGUCGCCAUGGUUGUCUCUCGCGUCGGUUGACACCUCGCUCUUGUUGUCCAGACGGAACAAAUUGGCGGCCUGACGAGUCACACCUCUGAGAGCCUCGCGUCCCACAACGGCAACUGCAUGGAAGCAAGGACAUGAUGUUGUACUGUCGCGCGGGAGCUGCCAUGUCCGCACCUGUGUCGGGAAGCACGGUGCAGAUCGCACUCGUCAGCAGGAAGAUGCAGCUAGAUAAGGACACCAUAACAAAGCGCCUGAGAGCAGGCCGGCGAGGGGGCCGAUCGUGACCCUCCAUCGACUGAAAGUACCCCGGCGACAAAGAGAGGAGCGACACACUGU